AGAAAGUUCCUGGGCCACCAAAACAAAACCAGCUCCCACAGACAGACAGACAGUAGCUGAUGUCAGUCACAGACAGACAGUAGCUAGAGUCACAGUGGGAGCUACUGUCCACGGAGAUAAUAAUCAGUCUGCUGUGUCACCAUGCAACAGAAAUCAUGCUGCAUUUACACCAGCGGAGUGUUUUCUCUUCUGUUGUUGAUCUCUGGCAUCGCUUUGGUCUUGUCUAACGUGUUUCCACAUUUCCUUCAGUCGAUGGUUGAAAAGGAAGUAGUAUUGAAGAAUGGCACAGAGGCAUUUGAGGCCUGGGAGAAUCCACCGGCCCCUGUUUACAUGCAGUUUUACUUCUUUAACCUGACCAAUCCCCUGGAGGUGCUGGAUGGGGAUAGGCCUGCCGUUAUUGAGAUCGGACCAUAUACAUACAGAGAGUACCGGCCCAUGGAGCAAGUGGACUUCCACGAUAAUGGCACUAAAGUAGCAGCUGUCAACACCAAGACCUACAUAUUCCAGCCUAACAUGUCCCGAGGUCCAGAGAGUGACCUCAUCAGGACAGUCAACAUCCCUGCAAUGACGGCGAUGGAACAAUUCAAGGACUCGCCUUUUAUGGCCAAUCUGAUCUCCUCCUACAUGAAGGAUGCCGACGAAGGCCUGUUCACCACCCGUACAGUGGGAGAGCUGCUGUGGGGAUAUGAAGACACCUUGCUCAAAGCCCUCAAACUUCUAAAACCCGACUUGGAUGAUGUUUUCGGACUCUUCUAUAAGAGCAAUGCUUCCAACGAUGGUGAAUAUGUCUUCUUCACUGGCCAGCAAGACUACAACGACUAUGCCAGAGUGGAUACAUGGAACGGUGAUAGCAAGCUGAAUUGGUGGACAUCCGAUGUGUGCAAUAUGAUCAAUGGAACCAAUGGAGCAUCUUUCCAUCCUGUCAUCAACAAGAAUGAGACGAUCUACAUAUUCUCCUCUGACCUGUGCAGGUCUAUAUACGCUCUGUAUGAGGAGGAUGUGACAGUGAAGGGGAUCCCCGGGUAUCGCUUCAGCCCCCCUAGCGCGGUGUUUGCCAAUAAGACCGUGAACCCAGCCAAUGCAGGCUUCUGUGUCCCCGCUGAAAAUUGCCUCGGCACUGGCUUGCUGAAUGUCAGCCCAUGCAAACAAGGAGCUCCCAUCAUAAUGUCUCCGCCACACUUCUACCAGUCGGAUGAGAAAUUUGUUCAGGAUGUAUUUGGCAUGAAUCCUAACAAGGAGCAGCAUCAGACUGCGAUUGAUCUCAAUCCGCUAACAGGAAUCAUCCUGCAAGCUGCAAAGCGGCUCCAGAUCAACGUGAAUGUCGAGAAAAUUGAUACCUUCAGUCAAACAGGAAACGUCAGGACGGUGGUCUUUCCUGUGGUUUAUCUCAAUGAGAGUGUCGUCAUCGACGACGCGUCGGCCGCGAAGCUGCAGAAGAUCGCCGUCAUGAAGAACGUCGUGGAGAACAUUCCCUUCAUGCUGAUCGGUCUCGGCAUCAUCGUGGGAGUAAUCUUCAUGUUCCUGAUGUGUCGACACAAGGUCCCCGAGAGCUCUGCAGCUGAGCGACAGCCCCUGCUCUCGUCAUAGCACCAAACAGUAUGUAAAAAGAAGGAGGGUUGCUAUAUUUGCAGUAUAAUUCCACAUUUCAUGGGUUCAAUGGAGCUGCAAUAUUCACCAUUAACCCGCCCAAGUAAUAUUUUCCAUUAAUAUCCACAAUUCCACCUUUUUAAUCAGUUUUUAUAAUCCAAGUGUUUUAGGAAACAAAGUGAAGAGGUUUGUUACAGGGAUGGGGUUAAUGUCUUCCUUACAACUCCGUUGUAAUGAGGCUGGAAUCCCUAUUUUUUAAAUUAAAUCUUAAAUAUCUUUUUUACAACAUGAACUGAGUAAAUUAGAUCUCCUACCAAAUGUAAUUUGAAUUGUCUGGAGACUCAGCUCUGAACUAUUCAAACCUCCGGCAAUUGAAGUGAAAAUAUACUGUCUCGUUGAUUGACCGUUACCCAUAUUUUUGUGUGAAAUUGCUGCUUUUCUGAGUAUGUGUGUGUGUGUGUGUGUGUGUGUGUGUUUGUCCAUAAGAUGAAUGACUGCAGAACUGAAAUAGUGAUGAAGGAAUACUGUCAGUGUGUGUUCUUAAAAAUGGGCCAAUAAUCCGUUUUUCGCAUGGUCUGGUGAGAUUGUUAAGGCAUCAGUAAGAAGAAAGUUUAUACAGCUGUUUUAAUGCAAGAGAAAAUAUCCUUUCUUUCUUUCCCGUCUACAUUUCACAAUUUUUUGUAUUGUCAAAAAAACAUACGCAAAGUGAAUAACAAAGUCAAGCUGUGCAAAACGACUGCAGGCUUAAUGUUUUACGAAUAUAGAGUGACCUCGGCUUCCUUUUAAAACCAUAUACCGUUUUGAAACCACAGUACAUGAAAAUAGUAUAACGUGGAAUGGCAUCCAAAUAGUAUUAUUUCAACAAUAGUAAUAUAAAGGGAACGUUUUUGUCUGGUGCGCAGUACGAUAUUUUCUUUCCCCAUAUUCCACUACUUUGCCAUGAAUGUGUGAAUUUUGAAUUUGUAUACUGAUAUUAUCCUAAAAUCGGUAGGGUACUGAUAAAUAUGCUGACAAAUAGAAUUUAACUACUAGGAAUUGUCCAUGUUUUUAUGGUUAAAUUCUGCACUUCUAAACAACAUUUUAUCAGAUUAUUGUAACUUAAUUUAAAGUUUUUUUUUGUGUGUUUGUGUGUGUGUGUGUGGGGGGGUGGUCUGUCUACAUAAAAUGCCACUACAAUGUGUAAUUUGCUAUUUGAAUAAUCACUGUUUCACAAGCAUUACUGACAGGCCGUCUUGUGUUCAUUUGGUCUUUGUUUCAUAUGUAACAGAGAUUAUUGUUUACACUACUACUCCUACAUAGUAAAAUCAAUAUGUAAUCACUGUUUACUUACUCUCAAUAGGUCACAUAUCUACCAAUUUGCACAUUGUCUUGCCAUCUGCUACAACUUUAAUAAAUCUGGUGUGCUUCACAUUCUCUCUGA